GGGUUACUUGCCACCAACAAAUACACACAGAGACACCUGUACACAGAAACAUGUAAACACACACACAGAGACACAUGUACAUGCACACAUACAGACACAUGUAUACACACACAGGCACGUACAGACACGCAUACACACAGAUACAUGUACAUACACAGAAAUACACAUACACAGACACAUGUACACACAGACACAUGGACAUACACACACAUGUACAUGCACACACACAUACAUGUACAUACACACAGGCACAUGUACAUGCAUACACAGACACACACAAACACACAUGUGCACGCACACAAACACACACACCCUAUAAAAAGUUGCAGUACUUCGUUGUUCACUCACAGAGCCGGCUACUGCACUCUAGGGGGAGGCAGAGAGCGCAGCACACACUCCUUCCUUUGCUUUCACUGCGCUCAGCUAUUGAGCAAUCUGACCGCUCCCAGUGCCAAUGACAGAUCCGGCCUGAGCUCCGAGCCUGCACAGCAAGUUCGCCCUGUGGGACACACUCGCCCCCACCAUAAUUUCCACUUGCCAUUGGUGAGCAGGCGAGUGGAAAUUUCA